UCCAUUUUCAUGUGCAAUGCAGGAAGAAAGCCUCUGGUCCCUGCCAGAAGCCUGUGAGCUUCUCAAAAAUGCAAGUGCCUUUGUAAACAACCGGAAAACCAAAGCAAAAUUAAUUCUGCCCAGAAAUUAUAAUCAAAAGGAAUAGUCAUGAAACCCUUGGUGCAUUUUAAUGACUGCUAAAGCAGUGCCUGGAGGCUUUCAGUGAGAUUUUGGACCAAUUGUACAAGACACCAUUGAGGUAUGGCCACUCUAGACAACUACUUGUUCAAGCUGAAGUCUUCCAGCAUCCCAGGAUUCAGUGGUUCCUAAGCACUUACCAGCAGUUCUAGCUGCCCAUCCAGGUCACUGGGGCCCUGCUCACACAGUGGGGCUGGGUGACAGCCACAGCGGCCCCAGCCUGGGCCCUGCUGCCCCCCGCUGCCCUGGGGGGCUCUGCCAGGAGGCCCUGGAGCCCCCACAGCCCCUGCUUCUAGGACAUACCCUAAAUAGAAUCAGAGAAAAUGACGGUUGAAGGGACCUCGGGUCACGACUAGUCCAACCGCCUGCUCCAAGCAGGGCCAGCCACAACUACAUCAUCCCAGCCAAGGCUUUGUCUAGUUGGGUCUUCAAAACCUCCAAGGAUGGAGACUUCACCAUCUCUCUGGGUGAGCAAGGAUGGAAGACUCUUACCUUGGGCUACUUCCGAUGGUACUGAUGGACAGUCUUCACUUUCCUUGCUGCCAGAGAGACUCCAAUCCUGUGAGGAGAACUGCAGGAAAGUAGCUGUCAUCUUGUGAGGUGGAUGAAGAUGGCAAUUGCUUGAGAAGUUUCCAACUAUAGUCAGAGAAAUGAGGAUGAUGGAGUGUGGAAAAUGCGGGAUGGUUAUCAUCUUCACGUAACAUCAGCUAUAUAUGCAUGAAGUCUUGCAUGACAGCACUCAUGAGAGAGAAGAUCAAAGGGUUGUCAAUGCAGCUGAACAGAAUGAUGGAGCAAUUUGAACAUGAGAAGGAAGACAGGAGAAGUGAAGCUGAACAGACAAAUAAUAAGCCCUGCUGAAAAAAUGAACCAGUGGGCUCACCAUCAAAUAAGUGAGGCUACUGAUAGAGGCAUAUGACCAGGAGAGCAAGGAAAAAAAACUGACUGAGUAGUAGAGAGGAAAUAAGGCUAAGGAACUGGAUUAACAUGUUAGAACAUGCAGGUGAGAAAGCAGGCAAGAUCAGAGUUUUCAUAGAUGUUAGGGCUGGAAGGGACCUCACAACAUCAUUGGGUCCAGCCCCCUGCCCAAAGGGCAGGAAGUCAGCUGGGGUCAUAGGAUCCCAGCGAGGUGAGCAUCCAGGUGUUUCUUGAACAUAUCCAGAGUAGGUACUUGCACCACUUCAGGGGGGGAGUCUAUUCCAGACUCUGAAGCCUUGGGAAGUAAAUAUGUUUUUCCUUAUGUCAUCUAAAACGGUCUUCUAGCAGUUUGUGACCAUCAGACCUUGUCUUCCCUUGCAGUGCUGUGGUGAACAGAUGUUCUCCCAGUUCCUGAUGCACACCCCUUAUGUACUUAUAGGCUGCCACCAAGUCCCCCCGAGCCUUCUCUUCUCCAGGCUGAAGAGUCCCAUACCUCUCCUCAUAAGACCUGCUGUCUUGACUUCUAAACAUAGAUUUCAUAGACAUUAGGGCUGGAAGGGCCCUUGGAAGAUCAUCGAGUCCAGCCUUCUGCCCCAGGGGCAGGAAGUCAGCUGGGAUCAAAGAAUCCAAAUGUCUCUUAAAGGAGUCCAGAGUAGGUGCUUGUACCACCUGUGGAGGCAGUCUAUUCCAGGCCUUGGGGGCUCGGACAGUAAAGAAGUUUUUCCUUAUGCCCAGCCAAAAAUGGUCUUGGAGGAUUUGUGACUAUUUGACCUUGUCAUCCCUUGGGGCGCUCUGGUAAGCAGGAGUUCCCCCAGAUCCUGAUGUACACCUAUCAGAUACUUAUAGGCAGCCACCAGGUCCCCCCCUGAGCCUGCGCUUUUCCAGCCUGAAGAGUCCCAUGGCUCUCAGUCUGUUAUCAUAGGGUAUGUUCUCCUGCUCUCUCUAAUCAUGUGUGUGGCUCUCUUCUGGACUUUCUCAAGCUUCCACAUCCUUUUAAAAUUGUGGAGCCCAGAAAUCAAUGCAGUACUCCAGCUGCAGCCUCAACAAGGCCAAGUAAAGUGGGAGGAUGAUUUCUUGGGUCUUGCUUUAGAUGCAUCAGUAGAUGCAAGCCAGAGUUUUAUUUGCUCUGUUGACUGUGGCAUCGCAUUGUUGGCUCAUGUUCAUCCUGUGAUCAAUCAUGAGCCCCAAGUCUCUUUCAGUCAUGGUGAUAGUAGUGCUAGAUCAGAUGAACUGAUGGCACAGAAAGAAACCAACCCCACUAUGGCUACCAGUCCUGAGCAACAUUGUUUCUCCUCAUAUCCAAUGGGAAGUUGCAACUAGCAAGCUACUGGAGAAGAUCUAUGCCAAUCCAAGCCUGCCACUGUACGAUGAUCUCUUAAAUCCACUUGCUGCAUGUCUGUCAUCACGACACCCACUGCUGCACUGGGACUGCAUGGAAGAGACCCUCUGGUAUGAGGAAUGGAGGUCAACGUCUCCACCAAACAAGUUCCUUCUCACAGAUCUAAAGUCUGGCCCCUGUCUUCAACCUGCCAUGCCACUGGUGGGCCUUGCUGGACAGAUAAGGUGGAUAAGGUCAGAUGGAAACACCUGAAAUAUUUACAAACCAAUGCAAAGUCUGGGUAACAGGAAGGAGAAACAGGAACUCUCUUUGUGGAACGUGAAAUCAGGCAUUAUAAAAAUAAUAAGUGCAGUAGAAUAGCAGCCAUGACUAGAACAUGGAUAUCACUGGAUACAAGCUGCUUAGGAAAGGGAUUGAUUGUAAUGAAACACAAUGUAAUGGUAUAGAUGCAACAGGAUUUAUCCUUGGGCCCACACUGUUCAACAUCUUGAUCAGCGACUUGGAUGAGGGGGUGAAAAACACCUUGUUCAAAUUCCUGGAUGAUACUAAGAUGUGGGGAGAAGUGAGCAUGCUAGUGGAGAGGGACAGGCUACAACUAGACCUGGAUAGGUUACAGAGGUGGGUGGAUGAGAACAGGAUGGGUUUCAACAGUGACAAGUGCAAGGUGCUGCACCUGGGGAGGAAGAACCAGCAGCAGACCUACAGGCUGGGGAACUCCCCUCUCAUCAGCACAGAAGCAGAAAAGGAUCUUGGAGCCAUUAUUGAUGCCAAGAUGAACAUGGGCCGCCAAUGUGAGGAUCCAGUCAGUAAGGCUUACCGCACCUUGUCAUGCAUCUACAGGUACAACAUGAGCAGGUCCAAGGAGGUGUUCCUCCCCCUCUAUGCGUCACUGGUCAGGCCACAGUUGGAGUACUGCGUCCAGUUCUGGGUGCCACACUUCAGGAGGGAUGUGGACAGCAUCGAGAGGGUCCAGAGGAGGGCCACCUGCAUGAUCAGGGGGCAGCAGGGCAGGCCCUACAAGGGGAGGCUGAGGGACCUGAACCUGCUCAGCCUCCACAAGAGAAGGCUGAAAGGGGACCUGGUGGCCAUCUAUAAACUUACCAAGGAGGACCAGCAGGGAACAGGAGAGACCCUGUUCCCCCGAGCACUACCAGGAGUAACUAGGAAUAAUGGCCAUAAGUUGACUGAAAGUAGGUUCAGGCUAGACAUCAGGAGGCGCUACUUCACAGUCAGGGCGGCUAGGAUCUGGAACCAACUUCCAAGGGAAGUGGUACUCACUUCUACCCUAGGGGUCUUCAAAAGAAGGCUGGAUAAUCACCUAGCCGGGGUCGUUUGACCCCAGCAUCCUUUCCUGCCCAUGGCAGGGGGUUGGACUUGAUGACCUGCUCAGGUCCCUUCCAACCCUACCAACUAUGAAACUAUGCAUGACAAUCACAUUAGGAAAAGAGAGUGAAAAGGGCCCAAUAGCGACUGUGUUUGAGGGUUUACUGCAGAACCCCUGGUUUAGGCUUUGAAAUGGACUCAGAUCCCUGUGACUGUUUGGGAAAGUGUAGUGGUAGUAGAGAUUGUGCAAUUACAGGACAUUUUAACUUCCCUGAUACAAAGCAGACAGCAAAUGCAGUCGAUAUUGUGCUACUGGGGCUGAGAGAGCUGAUAGAUGUCUCUACCCAAUGGCUGCUAUACCAAUGAGAAGCAAUGGUAUCCUAGAUUUGGUUUGCACACAGAGUGAUACCAGGAGCUAUCAAACUGGCUGGCCAACCAGAGAGUUUGAGGCGGAGGAGCGGUUAGGGACAGUUUCUCCUCUGUUUCAGCAUAAGCUUGCUACAUUAGCUUCCUGAGAUAUUGUCAGUGUGAGGAAGAGGGAAUGGUUCCACCACCCCCCAACUUAGGGGAGGCACUGGCUUGAAGACCCUGUAAUAUCCAAGCCCCUCCCACUGUGGGAUCUAUCUCCAUAGGACCUCUGACCUCCCAUGCUUCCACCCAGGUCCUGGCCUGGCUCUGGGGGGGAAUCAGACAUGCAUAUCUUUGAUUCCAAUGUGACAAGUGCCUGCUGGUGGAUUUCCUCAGGAGAUGGAACUGGGCUCCCUGAGCAUGAGGACUACAUGGACCCACUGCACAAGGAGCCCUCCAAGAUUGUGACUGCCUGCUCCCUGACCCCAGGUGAUGCCCUAGAGAACCAGAUGCCCUAUUAAAUAACACUUGCACUGGAUCCCAGACCAGCUGAGUCAGCCCCAGCUAGGCAGGAGAUAGAGGAGUGGACACAUUUCCUCGAAUAACAGGUGCUAUAUUAUAGCAAGGAGAGGUGCUCUUCUGUUCUUAUGAAGAAAACAGUUUGCACAUUAGAUAUCUAAAAGGUUUUUUUUCUGAGUAGCAAAGGGAAAGCAUUUCAGUGACUAAUGCUUCACGCCGAAAAGAAGACCCUCCAUUACUCAGUAUAAGGCAUUACUUCUUAGGCAUGGCUUCUAAGGUCAUUCAUCAGUCAGAUCUAUAAUGCAUCAUACAUAUUCAUUCCAGUGCAUUCUGAGAAGAGUGAUGUUAAUUUUGGUUUCCCUUGACCUGUUUUCCAUCUUCAUUUGGCUGUACUCUUUGAUAAGGUUCCAUUAAAAAAAAAAUAACCCACACAUUGUCUUCUUUGUUUGCUAAUUUGGAGCCAGUCAAUUAAUGAUUGAGUAUCCCUGCAAGCACUGAGAUACCUGCUGAAUUAUGAGCACAGGAAUUGUCCCCCUUGAUGUGACCUGCUCCUGGAGGAAAGCUCACCAUGUCCGAGACUGGAGCUUCUGGGUUCAAUAACACAAGAAAGAAGAGAGGCUGAAUUGACUGGCACAGAAAAAAAAAAAAUGACUUUCCAAGCUGUGCUGAAGAUGGGAAGUAUGUGCAGAUGCCCAAAAAUCAAUACCCACAAGGAGCAUGUACAGAUGAAUGAGCACGGAAGUGCGCUGAAGUCACAAAAACUCCAUGACAUUCCAAGAAUUUUGCAGAUUUUGCUGCCGUUUCCAGAAUGUCACUUUUCCGAAGUGUAAAAUUCCUGGUUUUGCUGGGGAUAAAAAAAGUGCAUCUUGACUAAGUGAAAAAUGAAUAGAGAAGCAUGAACUAAAACUGCCUAAGUCCUUUGCUAGGAAGUAACAAGCUCUCUGCUCCCUUAAGGGGGUGAAGGAGAAAGAAAACCCACCCGGAUGCUUCCUCUGCAUAAACUAGCUACCCCGAAUUGUUCCAGCAAUACUUUGGGAGUCACCAUAACAGUUAACCUGUGGAAGAAUGUCUUGCAUUCAAAAGCUUGCCUAACUUUAUCCCAAGGACACAGUCGGUGGAAUACAAGCUCCUGCCAUUGGAUACCGCUGAAGCCCUUGCUCCAUAGACUCGAUCCAUUAGCUCUGCAGCCCAGAUCCAGCCUGUGGGUGGUAAGUUGUCCACCCCCUGCCUGACAGCCUCCAGCCUCCAUAGGUGCUCCCAUGGAGCUGACUCCCUUCCGCCUGCUGGAAAUCCCAACCCUAGUGACUAGAAGGCACAGACAUGAGAUGACGUCAUGGAUGACAUCAUUCCUAGACAUCGGAAGUGACAGCAUCACGGGUCAGGACCAACAGACUCCUCUGAUAUUUUCCAGGUUUCAGAGCAGUGACCUUGAUAGAAGAUUGGUGCUUGAAAAAGAAAAAAAUAGAAAUAGUUCCCCUUGCAGGAAAGUGGAGCAAAAGUUUGGGACAUUUCUGGAGUAUGAUCCUUGCUCGCAGCAGGACCUCAGAGACCCUGGAUUCAUCCACUGGGAGGAUGGGAUUAUUGACAUGCUGAGAAGAUGCCCACAAUGCAUGGCUGCUUCGCCAACUUGGCAGACACCUACAAAUGGAAAAGCUGCUCCAAAGUGAAUUCAAUCUGGUAUUUUAUUAUCCCAUGGCUCACCUUUCUGCACUGUCCAUCCCCCCAUAGUUUCCGUAUCUUCAUCUGGAAAAGUCCUGGCUAAUUUCACAGAAGGAGAAAACCAAGGGACACUGUAAAUGUCAAGAGAAUUCUGUACAUAUGGUCCUGAUCACUGGUGGGCCAAUCUGCAUCGUAUUCAGGGAGAAGAGGAAGGACGAGCAUCGUCCCUGCUCAACGUUGUGAUGGGGAAGUGCAGUGGAAACUCCAUCCAUUGCAGUCCUAUGCACAGAGGAGCUUGGAAAUGGAAAGGUAAGACUACUCUUCAAAAGAGUCUCCACUCAGGGAGAGCCUGUAGCACAAGCAAUCCACACUGCAGACAACACAUCCUGUCCUUCCACCUCGCCCACCUGCAACCUGAGUGUCUCAUUUCACAGAACUGUGAAGGAGAAGGGGGAAGUCCAUCACUUUGUGGUGGUGGGAGAAAUUUGAGCACAACGACACCCUUGCUAAUCAUGGAAAUAUGCAAAAUUAAGAUGAUGAAGCAUAGCCUGGGGGUGAUGAUACAACUGUUCAGGUGUAUACCCGUGGCUAGUGAGGUGUCUGACCCAAUGAGCAACUUUAACAGGCCACACUAACUUAAUAUAUACCUGCUAAAUUUGCUGGGCUUUUUUAAACAUUACAUCUCCCUCCUCAGCAUAAUUUGCACCAGCUUUGUAGCUUCUUUAGAGCUGGUAAGAGGCGUAAUUAAUGCAUUGCAUCCUGGCGGAGGAGUGAAAGUUGUUUAGGCAUGAUACCAGCUAUGUUAUGACUUUGUAUGCCAUUAGCUGUAGAUGUGGGUGGACUUUAAACAUGCCGGCACCGUUGGCUAUUAAGCUCAGUCAAAACUUUUGUUUGGACUUAUGCUGGCCUUGACCCCACCACGGUUGCAUAAAGAGACCCCAGUGUCACUGGGAAUCAGGGCUCCCCUACCCGAGCUGGCUAUCACUGAACAGGCGAGGUUAAAGCCUGAGCCCUUUGCCCUCUCUGCGCAGAGCAGGCAUCAGCUGUUUAUGUCCAUAGCGAUAUGGCACUAAAAAUAGUUUAUGGCAGUGCUGACGGAAGGAAACGUGGUGAAAGGCCAUCACAAUAAACACCCUUCAACACCCAUUACAGCACAGAACAGUAAACCCUCAGUGACAGCCUCGAUAGAAAGAAGUGUCAUUUCUGAUUCAUGCCGCUGCUGAAUUUAGCUAUAUAAUCACUGACAAAUCAAUCAUUACCCGCCGUAAACAACUGGUUCAUUAGUUGGCCUUCCUAAGGCAAAGCCAGGGACCAUUAAUAUGUUCCACACCGGGCUGUUAAUGGCAAUAAGGAUCAGCUUAGUGCUGUCAGAAAAAAUUACUAAAGAUAAAGACCGAUUUCCAACAUAACAGAGCUGAUUCUGACCCCAGCUCAUGUUGAUGUAGGUAGGAAUAACUCUACUGAAUGCAAGGACGGCCGUGGUGUAAAAGCUGGGUACAGACUUGGAGAAGCAGGGCCAGCAUUGCAAACUGCCUCAUGAAGAAAAUACUUAGCAGGCUGUCAGGAGCAGGCAGGAGAGUCAGGUUUUUUUUUAAAUUGAAACAGAGACAGAUUGCACUGGAGGGAAACCCGGACUGCUUGGCUUCCAGCAUGGACAUCUGCCAACAGAUGUGCUUCGAAACCCCGGCCAAUGGAUCUCACCCUCAAAACAGUUACGUUCAGGGCCAUUCUUUGCUUUCCUCUGAUUCAAUUCUCCCAACCCAAAUUGUUCAACUUAGAAAGCAGCCUGCAGUAUCCUUAUGUAUUAGCACACCCUUUGUUGUCUGCUCCCGUGCCUCCAUUCAUAUUAAACAGUCUUAACGCU